AGCUGACCCUUUGAAAAAAUCAACAUCACUGUUCAAAACCAAACCCAAGCCAUCAUCUUUGAUCAAAAUCAAACUCAACACGGCCAAGCCAUCUUUCCUUUGACCUUUCUCAUUCCACCCCUCCAGUCUAUAAAUUGUAUUACAUACAUGCAAACCCCAAACACCCAAACACACAAACACACUCAAUACCAAAAUUCCAUCCAUCUCAAUGGAUUGUUCAACCAAGAUCAAGAAGAGUCUCCACUAUUAUCUACUAACCUUCAUUAUCCUCUACUACACCACCACAUUCUCCGCCGCAACAACCACCUGCCAUUCCGGCGACAAGGCUGCACUCUUGGCAUUCAAGGCCGGCAUUACCGAUGAUCCUUCCGGCCUUCUCUCUACUUGGAACUCCACUACCAACUGCUGCUCUAAUUGGGAUGGAGUCUCCUGCCAUUUCACAACCGGCAGGGUCGUCAACCUCUCUCGCCCGGGCCUCUCCUCCGGCCCUGAUUCUAUCAUUGACACCUCCAUGGCCGGCACCAUCUCCCCUGCUCUCGGCCGCCUUACUGCCCUCCGUGUCCUUGACCUCAGCUCCCUCAAACAACUCUCCGGCCAGAUUCCUCCGUCUCUUGGCCACCUUUCCAAACUCACCGUCCUCUUCCUCUUCUCCAACAACCUCACUGGACCUAUUCCUCAUACUCUUAGAAAUCUCAAACACCUCCAAAGACUCCUCCUUGAUUCCAACCAACUCUCCGGCGAGAUCCCUUUCUCACUCUUCACACCAUCUUCUCCGAUGACUGACCUGACACUCAAUCAAAAUCAACUCUCCGGCGUCAUACCAAACUCCAUCGGCCACCUCACCGCUCUCAAGAGACUUGAUAUUCAUAGCAACAACUUCUCUGGUUCUAUUCCAAACAGCAUCGGCAACCUUCAACAACUCACUUACCUUGACUUCUCCGAGAACCAAAUCUCCGGUGUUCUUCCGGCCAGCAUUGGCCGGCUUGUUAAUCUUGGCUUACUCUAUCUGAAUGACAACUUUCUCAAUGGUAACAUUCCUUCUUCUAUUUCCGGUUUGGCCUCACUUCAGUUCUUCAGAUUGUCCAACAACCAGCUCACCGGAGAGAUUCCGGCGUCCAUUGGAGAGCUCCAGCAACUCCAACGUGUUACCUUUGAGAACAACAAGCUCAACGGAAAGCUCCCUUCUUCUCUUGGAGGUCUCACCAGCCUCACCGAGAUCUACCUCUCCGGCAACCAGUUCACCGGCCGGAUUCCUUCAAGCAUCGGUGAUCUUUCAAGCCUUCAAACAUUAGAUUUAUCAAAUAACAAGCUCUCCGGCCCACUCCCUCGCAGUCUCACCAAGCUCAAGAACCUCCAAGAACUCUACCUCUCAUUCAAUCCUCUCCGGCUGGUCACCAUCCCGGACUGGCUCAUCGACAUGAAACUCUUCAAGCUAAUGCUCGCCGGAACCGGCAUCAAAGGCCAGCUUCCAGUGAAGCUAUUAUCCACAGCCUCAUCCACAUCAUCACUAGACUUAUCAAGCAACGAGCUCACCGGAGAACUACCUCACUGGAUCGGUGAGAUGUCUGGGCUCUCCUUCUUGAACCUCUCUAACAAUGGCUUCCAUUCUCGCAUCCCCGAAGAGUUCAAAAACCUCACCUUGCUCAUGGACUUGGACCUCCACAGCAACGCCUUCUCCGGCGAGCUCCGUCCAGUGUUGGCUAAGAGUACAAGUGACCCACUGGGACACUACAACUCACUAGACCUUUCUUGCAACCAAUUCACCGGAGGUAUCGACGAGGACAUCGGAGAGUUACCGGCGAUGGACACGUUGGAGAGUCUAGUGCUGUCGGACAACCCAUUGGGUGGGAAUAUUCCGGCGACGUUGAGGAAACUGGAGAACCUCAGGGUGGUGGCCUUGGCGAAGAAUGGUUUGACCGGUGGUGUACCGGCCGGAGUGCUGGACAUUGCCAGUUUGACGGAGUUUGACGUCCCUGACAACCGGCUCACCGGAGAGAUUCCGGCGCAUACGGCGAGGGUUCCGGCGGCCGGGUUUAGAGGCAACCCUGGGUUAUGUGGGAAUCCACUGCCGCCGUGUCGCCGUGAAGUUCCUUGAAAAUCGGAGAAGAUUUUUUCUUUUCUUUUUUUAUUUAUUUAUUUAUUUAUGUUUGUUUUUUGUGUGUUGUUGUGUGUGUUUGUUAUUUGGGUUUUUGGAUAAGAAAGAGUCAAAAAAUAGGAAUUUUUAA